GACAAGAAUGUUCCUGGGUGUGGACUGCCUUGUAUAAUUAAGUGCACAGCUGGAGCUUCUGAUCCCUCCACGUCUGCUCGUUCCUUUCCUCCUUUCCUUUCCCCCAUAUCCACCUCGGCGCGGUCGGGGCGCGCUGCGUCACUCGGGGAGAAGCUUCRCCACAUUCCAGAGCCGUUCCCGGCUGGGAUCGCGACCAGGCAGAGCCUGCCUGCCUUGGAGRGGGCUGAGAGACGGGAGCUGGAGCACAGAACGAGCAGAGAAACCUGUCCAGAGCAUGGAAACGGCCAACGCAGCGAGGACCAACGGCACCGCCGGCAAGGCCGAGGACGCCAAGAGCCCGACUGCCCCUAAAAAAGAGGAGGAAGCCAAGAAGGCCACGAGCCCUGGCGGAGGCGAGAAAGAAGCUAUAAAAGGCACGGGCGGUGCUGCGUUGGAGACGGGGCAAAUCAAGAGCUCCCUCUUCUCUGGGAGUGACUGGAAGAGGCCCAUCAUUCAGUUUGUGGAGUCAUCCGACGAGAAGAGGUCAACCUACUUCAGCAUGGACUCGGCCGACUCCAAGAAGAUGCAGUUCGCCGGCGGRCAGAUCGGAGACAUGCGGAGGCCGGCGCUCUCCUUCCCGGAGAAAGGCGACCUCAGGAAGUCCCUGUUCUCCUUGGAUUCCAAAAAGAGCUUCCUGCCCGGGGAUGGAGAAGCGAGGAAGUCUUUGUUCUCGGCGGGGCAGAUGGGCGAGCUGAAGAAAUCCUCRCUGCCCUUGGUGGAGACGGGCGACCUGAGAAGACCCUUCCACAAAGCCGACAGAGCCGCCGGCUCCCGGCCCCGCGUCAAGCUGGAGGACGUUCUCUGCGACUCRUGCAUCGACAACAAGCAGAAGGCUGUCAAGUCGUGCCUGGUGUGCCAGGCUUCCUUCUGCGAGCUGCACCUCAAGCCCCACCUGGAGGGAGCGGCUUUCCGCGACCACCAACUSCUGGACCCCAUCAGGGACUUCGAGGCCAGGAAAUGCCCCGUGCACGGCAAGACCAUGGAGCUGUUCUGCCAGACYGACCAGAUGUGCAUCUGCUACCUCUGCAUGUUCCAGGAGCACAAGAACCACAGCACGGUGACGGUGGAGAUCGAGAAGGCGGGCAAAGAGGCCGAGCUGUCCCUGCAGAAGGAGCAGCUGCAGCUGAAGAUCAUCGAGGUGGAGGAUGAGGUGGACAAGUGGCAGAAGGAGAGGGACCGCAUCAAGAAUUACACCACCAACGAGAAAGCCACGGUGGACCAGCACUUCAAGGAGCUGAUCCGUGACCUGGAGAGGCAGAGGGAUGAGGUGAAGGCUGCCCUGGACCAGCGGGAAAAGAUCGCCUCCGAGAACGUGAAGGAAAUCGUGGAGGAGCUGGAGGAGAGRGCGAAGCUGCUGCGGGAGGACAAGGAGAACAGGGAGCAGAUCCACCAGAUCAGCGACUCCGUGCUCUUCCUGCAGGAAUUCGGGGCUCUGAUGAGGAAUUACGUGCCCCCUCCAUCCCUGCCCACCUACAGCGUGCUGCUGGAAGGGGAGAGCAUGAGCCCCUCCAUGGGGCUGCUCAGGGACGACCUCCUCAACGUCUGCAUGAGGCACGUGGAGAAGAUCUGCAAAGCAGACCUGGGCCGCAAUUUCAUCGAGAGAAACCACAUGGAGAACGGUGACCAYCGGUUCAUGAUGAACAACUACGAGUGGAACCAGCCCGACAACCUCAAGAGAUUCUCCAUGUUCCUGUCUCCCAAAGUAGGCAAUGGCACUAAGCUGCCGUUUCAGUUCUCCUCGGUGGGACAGAAUCCGCCCGGUGACUUCAGCAAACAGUCUGAUGGGAGCCUCUUCACUAAGACCGCUUACCCCUCCAUCGUGAGGCACCAGUCUACCAAGGUGACGCCGCAGACGUGGAAAUCCUCCUCCAAGCAGUCGGUGUUGUCACAUUACCGCCCCUUCUACGUCAACAAAGGCAACGGAGCCACCUCCAACGAGGCGCCCUGAGCUCCGGAAGGUUCCGGGCCGGAGCGAAGACUCGGCUGAGAUUGUCACCGAUGUCCCUGCUACUCUAUUAACCCUUGYUGCUCCAGCUCUGCCGGGGAGAGGGGGGCGCAGAUGGAAAUUGGGAACUUCUUCCCAAACCRCCCCCUCRCUCCGAGAGCUCCRCAGGCCUUAACA